CUGACCUCAGGCUGCUCCUCACAACAGGCUGAGGAGUGACCCACGACCCCGCCCUGCUCCCAAGAGCUUGAAAUCUUCAACCAUCCAGUAACCCCCAUCCCAGCCCUGCGGUCUUUGUCAUGGUGAAGUUGCUGCCAGCCCAGGAGGCCGCCAAGAUCUACCACACAAACUAUGUGCGCAACUCACGCGCCGUGGGAGUGAUGUGGGGCACGCUCACCAUCUGCUUCUCUGUGCUGGUCAUGGCCCUCUUCAUCCAGCCCUACUGGAUAGGCGACAGUGUAAGCACGCCACAGGCUGGCUACUUUGGCCUGUUCUCCUACUGUGUGGGCAACGUGUUGUCGUCUGAACUCAUCUGCAAGGGUGGCCCUUUGGACUUCUCCUCUAUCCCCUCCAGAGCCUUCAAGACAGCCAUGUUCUUUGUGGCCUUGGCCAUGUUCCUCAUCAUUGGCUCCAUCAUUUGCUUCAGCCUGUUUUUUGUCUGUAACACUGCCACGGUCUACAAGAUCUGUGCCUGGAUGCAGCUGGCUGCAGCCACAGGCCUAAUGAUUGGAUGCCUGGUCUACCCUGAUGGUUGGGACUCCAGUGAGGUGCGGCGAAUGUGUGGUGAGCAGACGGGCAAGUACACACUGGGCCACUGCACCAUCCGCUGGGCCUUCAUGCUGGCCAUCCUUAGUAUUGGAGAUGCUCUUAUCCUCUCCUUCUUGGCUUUUGUGUUGGGCUAUCGACAGGAUAAACUCCUCCCUGAUGACUACAAGGCUGAUGGCAAAGGUACCUGUUGUCUCCCUCUUGGCACUGUGGGUGGAGAGGUGGGUGGGAUGGUGGCUCUCAGGGGUUGA